UGUUGGAGAUUGGUCUAUAAAAUAGUUUCGAGAUUUUAGGUUACAGUUUAAGUUUUUCUAAUACACAAUGGGGAAGUUGCACCAAGCUCACACAAGCAUAUCAUGUGCAAUAGGGAACGUGCUCACAGGUUUGCUGUACGUAUGGCCGUCUUACACAUUGCAUCUGUAUACGCGCGAAGAUACAACCCUCCUGUCAGCACCAAUGACUGAGGUCGAGAGUUCCUUAGUGGGCAGCCUACCUUCAUUGGGGGCUAUGUUUGGGACCGCGGUAGCAGGGUGGGUUAUGAGUACUUUUGGAAGACAGAAAAGUGGAAUUUUAAUAGCCGUGCCACUUAUGAUAUCCUGGGUAGUUAUAGAUUUAACGAAAUCAUCUACAGUGGUGCUUAUAGCCAGGUUUCUAUCGGGAGCUUCAGGAGGUGCAUUCUUAGUUCAUUCACCUAUUUAUAUAUCAGAGGUUGCAGAGGAAUCUAUACGCGGAACGUUGGCUUCAGCCCCAAUCGUCUGCUACUGUGUAGGGGCUCUUAUGUCGUACCUGUUGGGUUGGUUUUUAGCCUAUCGGUACAUUUUAUGGGCCAAUAUUGCGUUUUGCAUCCUGUACAUGGGUCUCAUGCUGACAGUUAAAGAGAGUCCCGUAUUUCUAAUAAGAAAUAAGAAAGAAGAGGAAGCACGCUUAGCUAUAUCAUAUUAUAGAGGUGCACCAGUAUCAUCUACGAUUGUUUUGGAAGAGUUUUCGAGAUUAAAGCAGCAAUUGACGCCUGCUGUUGAAUUAAUAGCAGUUGAUACUGGUGCUAAAGAAGAAGAGGCAGAAAAGGAAAAGUUAAAUAAAGAUAUGCAGGAAAGAGAACCUGAACAAAAGAUGUCAUCAUUGAAAAUACUGUUUACGUCUUGUUCUUCACGACGAGCUUUCUUUGUGGUUGGAAUAUGUUUGUCUACUCAGGUGAUGAUGGGUAUGGUACCUGUGCAAGUAUACGCCAAAGAUAUAUUUAAACAAGCUGCGCCAGGUCUCUCUUCACACUUUUGCUCAGUCAUGUUUGCUUUAGUGCUACUAGUCGGAAGUACGCUGAGUGCUGUGUUAACCGACAAGUUUGGAAGAAAAAUUCUCAUAGUAGCUUCUGCAGUCGCCGUAACCCUCUGUCUUUCUGGAUUGGGUAUACUGCUCCAUACUAGUAUAGCGCCGCCAUGGGUCACUGCUGUACUGAUUCUUUUUUACUGCUGCGCCUUUAUGUUUGGCGCAGGCAGUGUACCUUAUGUCCUACUCGCCGAGUGCUUUACACCAGAGGUUCAAAGCAUCGCGUCUAUGAUUCUCUUGGAAUGGGUUUGGCUCCUCAAUUUCGUUGUCGUCGGUAUCUUCCCCUUCAUGAUCAAAUUUUUCGGUAUCCACGGCUCUUUUUACAUCUUCGCCUGCUUCGCCGUAUUCGACAUCUUUGUCGGUCUGUUCAUAAUUCCAGAAACUAAAGGUCUUACUAAUGAACAGAUACAGGAAACUUUAUUGAGAGGUCGAAAAAAGUGAAAGAUAUUAUGUUGUGAUAUUAAAUUAUAUUAUUAUACCUAC